UCUGCCGACCACCGUACCCUGAGUCGUCAUGUGACCGGUGCUGACCAAUGAGAGCAGAGAGAGAGGACAACAGAAAACAAGCGGACGCUCCGUGUCCCAAUAAUCUGAGUCUGACUUUGAUCUGUCUUUGAUCUGGCUUUGAUGUGAGUUGACUCCAGGGUCCAUGUUUAUUGAACCGCUGGUUUAUUUCCGGUCUCAGAUUAUUAUUUCCUUCAGUCUCCGGUGGAGUCGCUGCGGUGGUCGCCGCUAGGGGGCGCGACAGCGGGACGUCGUUAACGCUCUGGACGAAUGUUUUUAUCGUUAGUUCGUCGCUAACUGUGCGUGUGAACGUGCACGAUGCAGUGACAUGUGAGGACCAUGUUUAAGAACGUGUUCGGGUCCGGGUUCGUGGUGAGAACCGCUCAUGUGAUUCUGACCUGGGUCAUAACGUUGAUUCUGUUCCUGCACGACACAGAGCUGAGGAAGCAGGAGGAGACGGGUCAGCUCGUCCAGCCCGUCCUCUUCGUUCUGCUCGUGCUCGUGUCGGUGCUGCUCUACUUCGCCGUCUCUCUGAUGGACCCGGGCUUCAUCCUGUCAGACGACAGUGAUUUACAGUUCACGUUGGGAGUGACGGAGGAGCAGCAGGACAUGAUCCCGCCCACCACCAAGUCCCUGCGACAGCGCCGCUGCGGACACUGUCUGUUGCAGCAGCAGCCAAUGAGAUCGAAGCACUGCCAGACGUGUCAGCACUGCGUGCGGCGUUACGACCAUCACUGCCCCUGGAUCGAGAACUGUGUGGGUGAGAGGAACCACCGCUGGUUUGUGCUGUACUUGGCCGUGCAGCUGCUGGUGCUGCUGUGGGGGCUUCACAUCGCCUGGACGGGGUUCAGCUACGCCCCCAUCUGGCAGCUGUGGCUGCGGACCAACGGCAUGCUGCUGGCCGUGGCCGUGCUGGUGGCUCUGCUGUCGCUCAUCGUCUUGCUCCUGCUCGGCUCGCACCUCUACCUGGUCUCUCUCAACACCACCACCUGGGAGUUCAUGUCACGCCACCGCAUCUCCUACCUCAAACACUGCGGCGCCGACGAGAACCCGUUUGACCGCGGCACCUUUCACAACCUGUGGGGUUUCUUCUGCGAGUGGGGCACCGUGGUGUGGGAGCAGGUCUACUUCAGGGAGGGCAGCGACCAGGUGUAGGAACAAACGUUACGAACAGACUGAGACGUGACGUCGUGAAGAUUAAACUUUCCUUGUGUGCAGUUUACCUUUUAUAUAUCGGCACCUGUGUUUUUGUGCCAUAACUCUGCAUCGUUCACUCUGCACGUUCCUCCUCUCAGUGCUUUGUGUUGUGCUCCACAUGAUUCCACAGAUCCAGAAUAUCUUCUCCUCUGAUCACGGCUGUGAACAGAAUAAAAUCAGUCUGGUGUUUCCUCAGUGAGACAUCAGCUCCUCGUUAACGUCUCUGCAGACGACAUGUUACCAGCAGCCGUUGACAAUCAUUCAGACUUUUCAUUUCUUUAUUGCCUGCAGGCACUUUCAGGUUGAGUGUUGACUCGUCCCACUGAACUCUGACUCCUCUGAAUCAUUGAUGUGGAGUUGUCACCGUCACAUGGUUAAACCUGACGACUGGACUGUUCAAUAAUUCUGAACUUUACUCUUGAUACCUUAUAUUUAGCGUCACUAGUUCAGAUCAAUGGUUUUUAUGUUCACUCGAUCAAGUUGGACAUUUUGUUUUCACGUGUUAACUGACUGAAUUAUUUAUUCUGUACAGAGGAUUAACAGCGUCCAUGUCUUAAACAGACCAGAGCUGUGUCCACAAACAUAAACUGUUCAUAUUCAGGUUGAUCAUUUAAUUAGUGUUUUAUUGUAAAAUGUCUUCACGCUCCAACGUUCAGAAUCUCUGUCCUCAGACUGUCCAUCGCUGCAGCUCCUCUGUUCAGCCUCUGUCUCUUUAAGACCCCCUCCUGUAGUAUUGAGGACUGACAAAAUGUCUCAGGACAGGAGCUCCCUGUACAACUGACUUUAUAACAAGUGAAAAAACACCACUGUUGCUAUGGUUACACCUGCGUCCACACUGAACAGCGGUUUUUUUAUUUUUUAACUGAAACAGCAGAUGCAGCCAAAGUCAGAGAAUCUUAUUUUUGGAAAUGUAAAGGUUGAAGAACUGCACUGUAUCAUCACUAGUGUUCAUCUAACCACUUUGACUUUAAGCUGUUUUAACAUCGUAUUUAUCAUUUAUUUAUUUUCAGGUAGAAAACGUCUUUAGACUUUUGUACGAGUGUUUUGAUCGAGAAGUGAAAGUGAAGCAGAAAAGAGUUUGUGCUGUUUGUGUUUGUGUAAUGGAAACUUGUGAAAGAGCAAUAAGUGUGGUGUUCGUGAUGAAUUAACUUAUUCUAUGAAUUCAUUCAUGUACCUCUGGAUUAUAUGCAAUACUGUACUAAUGUUUUUUACUACUUUGGAAAUUACUGUAAACUUGAAUAAAUCAAUGUUUGAUGAA